AUGGAAUCCGAGCCGUUGAUUUCCAACGGGGCUGCGACCUCUUCGCGUUCUCUCGCCAGUAACCGAGUCCUGCUCCGGCUCUACGCAUCCCACUUCCUGUCGACAUGGAACUCGCGCAUGUUUGAGUUUGGGGCUGUCGUGUUCCUUGCAUCGAUAUUCCCAGGUACCUUGCUUUACGCCUCAGUCUAUGCACUGGUACGCUCUCUCUUCGCCGUUAUUUUGUCGUCAUGGCUCGGGGCAACGGUGGAUCGAUUAAACCGGCUGUCUGCUAUCAGACAUUCUAUCAUAUGGCAACGUAUCCCCGUGGCGGUAUCUUGUGUCUGCUUGGGGGUUCUCUUGACGUCGCCACCCGCGCACUUCUCAUGGAUACUGUUCACCACAUUAGUUCUGCUUGCGGGUGUUGAAAAAUUAGCUGCGACGGCUAACACGGUUGCUGUGGAGAGGGAUUGGGCCGUGGUGAUAUCGGACGCGCUGCUCGUGUCGCGGAAAGAUCUAAAUGCGACCAUGAGACGGAUCGAUCUGUUUUGUAAGCUUGUCGCCCCCGUGGUGGUCUCUUUCAUGGAUGGCUUGCUAUCCACCAGGAUUGCGAUCUGGGUGGUCUUGGGAAUCAAUGUGGCGGUCGUUCUAGUCGAGUAUUUUGCAAUUGCACAGGUAUACUAUUCAGUUCCCGAGCUAGAUCGAAGCUUGGAAAGGCAAGACGACGAAGAUCGCUCCCAAGAGCACGCAGAAGAACGCUCUCUCCUCAGGCGCAUCUCGCAAUAUGCCCAGGGAACCAUUGAACCGUGGCGGGAAUAUGUGCGACAACCGGUGUUUUUAGCCUCUUUCGCCCUGAGUCUCCUCUACCUCACUGUAUUAUCGUUCGGCCCGACCAUGGUAACCUUCUUGCUCCAUUCCGGAUUCAGCUCCCUACAAGUCAGUGGUAUGAGAAUCGGCGCAGUCCUAGCGGAGAUAUCGGGGACCUGGGUUGCUCCAUUCCUCAUGGACCGGAUUGGGCCUAUCCGCUCGGGACUGUGGUUCCUUAACUGGCAGUUCUGCACACUGGCGGCGGCAGUGGCUGCUUUUGCUUUCGCGAGCGACUCUCCCCAACUAGUCGCGGUGAGUCUUAUAGUUGGUGUCGCUCUGAGCAGGCUAGGCCUCUGGGGGUUUGAUUUAUCGGUGCAGUUUCUCGUCCAGGAGAACAUCGACUCUGGUAAACGAGCGCGUUUUUCAGCAACAGAAAUGGCGCUACAAAGCAUGUUUGAAAUGAUCUCGUUUGCUACGACAAUUGUUUUUGAGGAUCCUGAUCAGUUCAAGUAUCCGGUGUACAUCAGCUACGGGGCCAUUGGGGUUGCUGCGGUGUGUUUUGCGGCGUAUGUGCGUCGAGAAAGAGGACAUUUGAUACACACGUCCAAGUGUAUGGGCGACAGUCGGCUAUAA